GUGUGAGCCGAGACGCCGGCACGUGGAUCCAAGGGCGCCAGCGCCGAGCACCGGGGGGGUAGGAGGGUCCUGGCUCCUGGCCGGUGUGUCAGAGCUGGCCGGGGGGGAAGGUGCCUUGUUCCUUUAAAGCGCGAUCGCCGGCCGCAGGGCUGAGCCCAGGUUGAGGGAGCCCCGGCUGCGGCGGGAUUCGCCCCCUCCCCGAGGCUCAGCACGUUGCGGGGACGAUGAGUUGAGCAGCCGCUGGCACCGCCUCCCCCGGGCGCCUGCUCCGCAGCAGCAGCACCUGGGGACCGCGCCCCUGCGGCAGCUGCCGGGCUCCCCACGCGGUGCCUGCCCGGGCCCGGCCCGGUUUGUAUUUGCAUUUGCUGCCCUCGCCCCGAGCCGGGCGCGGCGAUGGCUCGGGGCUCCGGCUGGCUGGCGGCGGCCGCGCUGCUGCUGCUCCUGGCGCCCGGCUCGGAGGCCGGCUGCGCGGAACUGGGGCGCUGCUGCCGGGGCAGAGACCUGGCUUGUGUCAGCAGCGGCUGGAGACCGGACCGAUCCCACGGCGCCUGCUACUGCGACCAGGCGUGUCCCCGCACCAUGGACUGCUGCCACGACUACCCGCAGGCCUGCCCAGAGGUCUCCUGUGCUGUAUCCGAGUGGAGUGACUGGAGUGGUUGUGCAGAGCCUUGCCGGGCAACAUAUCGAGUUCGGAGGAGACACGUCGUGCAGGAGCCUAGAAACGGAGGCGAGGCGUGUCCUCCUCUGGAGGAGAAGGCUGGCUGCGUGGAGUAUUGGAACCAGGAAGGAGCUGAGUGCAAACAGUCCCUUAUUCCAGCAUUAAUAACUACAGGAGGUUAUGGGAAUGCAAGGAAAAAGAGAGCUGCGUCCAGCGAAAAUGAAAGAUCAGGGUAUUGUGUCGAAUUCCAGAUCACAGCCAUCACGGAAGGCUGUUUGCAGGGGAGCAGUUCCUAUACUCAGUGGAUGCGAUAUCUCAGCAAGGGGCACACGGUCUGUGUGGAGUGCCAGCACCCGGCCCUGGAUUCCAGGAGUCUGCAUUGCUAUGGGGAUGGCAGUGGAAGCGAAAAGAAUCAGCUGCUGCACUGGCAGGCCAUGGGGAAUCCCCGGUGCAGAGGAACUUGGAGGAGAGUUCGUCAGCUGGACACUUGCUCCUGUCCUUCUGUUCACAGUUUCUUGUUCAUCUAACUCCUCUGAAUUGGCCCAGCGCCUCCAAGCCUGAGUCACAUGAUCGUGGAUUUGGCACAAAGUUUGAAGUAACAACCCCACCCCACCUGCUGAUCAGUCAGUAAAGCCCCUCUUGGACUACUUCAAGGAGGUUGCCACCUGCCAGUUCUGAGGCUGAAAACCCCUUCCUAUCCACCCACGCUCUUGGCUCUCUGAAGAAGACAGGCUGACAAAGCAACUUGAGUGUUUGUCCCCACACUUCCUUCCAUGAAUGUCCCCUGUGCUUGAGAGCAGCCACCCUGACUUGGGUAGUCAGUCGCCUACUCUACUUCCAAGUCCCUCCUUCCCUGAGACUUUCCAGCAAGAAGCCACCAAAUAAGAGAAUUAAUAUACAUGUAUUGUUUAAAAACCUAGCUAAGUAGCCAACAAGAGACAUGCAAAAUGAG